UUGAUCAUGCUUGGAUGGUAAAUUAUUUGUUGUCAAAAAGAUAGGUUUUGAAACAACUACAGAUAUCUGUUCAUAUAUGUUGCCAUUCUUUACGAAACAUUGCCAGACAUAAUGGGGUCUUCUACACUAUAUGCUCUGUGUAUUUUCCUACUUAUUGAACUUAUAAAGCCUGAAAUAGAAGCAAAACUAACAGAUGAUCUUCUACAUCACAAUGCAAAGCUAUUAAAAAACAUAAGAUCUUACGAGGUUAUUAAACCAUACAUUGGGGAAAGAUUGAAGCGUCAUGCAAGUACAAGAAUUCCGUCUGGACAUCUCCAAGAAACAACGAUUGUGAUAAACAGUAGAAAACGACGUUUUGACCUAGCAGUAUCCUUGAACAAGGGAUUGUUUAAACCAGAAUUUGAGGAACAUUAUGUUUCAAAUGAUCAUUCAGUGAAAAUGGUGCCUCAUGAACAUUGCUAUUACCAUGGUGUUGUAAAAGGAGAUAAAAACUCUGAUGUUUCUCUGAGCACUUGUGAUGGAAUAGAGGGAGUUAUCAGAACAGCUGAUGGUACCUUCUUUAUCGAACCCCUAAAGUCUAAGGAUGGCCAAGUUCUGGAUGAUCAUAUUAUUUUUAAUGCUGAUGAUGUUGAUGAGCAACCAGCAACUUGCGGACAUGGUGAUCACAAAAUAUCACUCCAAAAAAAAAUCAAUCAUAAAAAAUCAGUUGAUCUCAAAAACAGGGUUAAAAGAAAUGUUGAAACAGAGACCAAAUAUAUAGAAUUAUUUAUUAUUAAUGACAGGAGACAGUAUCAAGAAUAUCAAAAAGGUACAGGGAAAAGAGCAAAGGAACUGGUUAAUCAUCUUGACUCAACUUUUAGACACCGCAACAUAAGAGUGGCUUUAGUUGGAGUUGAAACAUGGACAGACAGAAACCUCAUCUAUGUUGAUGUAAACAUUACAAAAACUCUCAACAAUUUUUUGGAGUAUAAGAGGAAAACUCAUGAUCACUUACAUGGAAAACAUUUUGACAAUAUUCAACUAAUCUCGGGGCUAGAUUUUUUAGGAUCAACAGUGGGCUAUGCUCCGAUACAAAGUAUUUGUGGGCCAAGAUCUGCAGCUGUUGUGCAGGACUAUGAUAAGAGAGCUGCUCUAACUGCUUCAACAAUGGCCCAUGAGCUUGGUCAUAACUUUGGUAUGAAGCAUGAUGAAUCCAAUUGUGAAUGUCCAGAUCCUAGCAGCCAGUGCGUUAUGAGUGCAUCUUUAAGUGGGGCUGCUACAAGAUUCUCAUCAUGCAGUUUGAAAACUCUGAGAGAAACAUUGAAUGGUGGUUAUGGAACAUGUUUGUUUGAUGAACCAAUAAAGCAUUAUGGUGAUCCAGUUUGUCGUAAUGGUGUCGUGGAAGAGGGUGAAGAAUGUGACUGUGGGACACAGGAAGAAUGUGACCAUUUUAAACAACACUGUUGCAAUACAACAACUUGCACGCUUAUACCAGGAGCUGCUUGUGGUCAUGGUGAAUGCUGUGAUAAUUGCCAGUUUAAACGAAGAGGAGCAUUGUGCCGAGAGCAAUACAAUGAAUGUGAUCUUCCAGAAUUUUGCACCGGAGAUCACGGAAUGUGUCCCGAAGACACCCAUAUUCAUGAUGGUCUGCCGUGCGAGACACACCAAGAUGGUUAUUGUUAUGGCGGUGUUUGUAGACAUCUUCUUCUGCAAUGUCAAAAGCUUUUUGGGAACGAUAUUAAAGUCGGUGGCGACAACUGUUUUCAUCGGAAUACCGAAGGAGGCUCAUUUUAUAAUUGCCCAAGUGAACCUGGAAAGUACAUUCGUUGUGCUGAGAAGGACGUGAAGUGUGGUAAAAUUAAUUGUUUAUCAACGAGGAAAGAUCAUAGACCAAUUCAGGGACAGCAACGAUACCAUCAUUGGAUUUCAUUCAAGACAGGAGAAUAUUGCAUAGUUCCCGCUUCCACGUGGGGUGAUGGUCUUGAUCCAACAUAUGCUGAUGAUGGAACACCGUGCUCCGAGGGAAACAUGUGUUUGAAAGGCAAGUGUAUUCCUGUUAGUGAGGCCAUCCCAGUCUCCUCCUUUGGCAAGUGCACGAAUAAUUGCUCUGGAAAUGGGAUAUGCAACAACAAGGGUAACUGCCAUUGUCAUUCUGGCUUUGCAUGUCCAGACUGUAAUAGUAUUGGGCCAAAUCAGGGGGGUAGUGAAGACAGCGGCCAGGGAUGUCAACUAUCCGACAAGAAAGAUUCUAGUUCCAGCACCAGGAUCAAUGUCGCUGCCGCUGUUCUUAUUCCGCUGUUUCUGUUGUUGUUGAUCGGGAUCGCUAUUCUUUGUUACUUCAAACGAAAAGCAAUUCAAGAACGUCUUCGCCAUUACAAGUUUGUUCGAAGAACCACGAGUCUCUCCUCAAACAGUCAACCUGCAAGAAAAUAUCAAGCUUCGGCUGGUUUGCAUGCUGGACUCAUUUCUGAACCAAGCCCCUCUCCUCAGCCAGCAGGACAGGCGGCUAGAAGGGCACCUACAGUUCCGAUUAAAAACAACGAAUCAUACCCGCAAGUUCAUAAACCUCCUCAAAGACCACUCACACAACCUGUUGCCGCUGCACAACCACUAAAUGUUCAUCAGUCCGUGGCGUUGUUUCCACCAAGUGCUGCUCCAGUCUCUCAAGAACCUGCUAAAAAACGGCCACUCCCUCCUACUCGUCCUUUGAUAAAGUCAAACCUACCUAGAACGCCAUCCGCCCCACCAGCCGCACCAAAUAACAGACCUCGACUACCACCCUCUCAACCACCUCCUAGUUAUAAAUCUGUGCCAGACAUCCCCGCUGCCGCAGAAGAAAAGACUACAGCACCCCCGAAAAAAGGGCCGAGCGCGCCGGUUCCCAAACCGCGAAACAUCGCCCCCCGGCCGGGCCACCAGUCAGUCCCACUUUUUAACUUGCCUGAAAAUGAAAAUGACGGGGGGUUUGUGAAGCCGUCAGCUGUCAAAGCUACGCAAGCAAAACCAUCACCGCCAAGAAGACCCAGAACAAACGAAAAUCAAGACGAUAAUCGCGUAGACUUUCGAGCUGCCCUCAAACCUGUUCCCAAACCAUGGGAAAAAACUUAAUCAAAUAUUUCAAUAUACAGGAAUUUUAAUGUUGGAUAUUUUAACAGAAACACUUGCCAACAUUACGAGCUGUGGCUAUCUUGUCAGUUGUCCGUUCAAAUUAUCGAAAAUUAAUGGUCAACUCCCAUUGCAGCUAAAACAAUUUUGAUUGAAGAAAAACAGCGUUUUUAAUUUUAACAUUUCUAUGUCAUGUUUGAAGAAACAGCUGCCAGUCUUGCUGACCACUUUUAGACAUAACGAAGCCUCUCCUUUUUAUUCAAAUAUAUAGAUAAAAUGGGGGAGUUUGGCAGCAGAAAUCUGCAAGCAAUAUUUGUGUUUAUAUUUUAUCAAUUUUACCAUGAUUAUCGACAUCCUGAUCAUUCAGAAGAGCAAGGCUGUAAUAUAAUAUACUAUUUUUCAAUCAUGGAUUGGUGUUUACCUACCUCCUUGUAUUUUAACAGUGGUUUACUGUUCCUGGAUUUCAUUUGUAGCGUAAAAUCUAGCUUGUUGUCAUGAGCUUCAGUAUGAUUCCUUAAUAAUUAUAUCCACACACUUCAACUUUUUUGUUCACAAGAUGA